CAUGAACAUGCAAUGUUCAGGAUUCAAGAAAUAACCAAAUAAGUUGUCAAAAAAAAAAAGAAACAACCAAAUAGCAAACACAUGGCUAAUCACAUGAACAAUGCUAAAGCUGCUGUCUUACCUUUGGUGAGUCUGAGAGCGAGCAACUCUAUAGCUUGCAACACCAUAAAUAGUAGUUUGAAAGCUUGACCAUGUGCAACUGCAACAGAGAUGACCUCAAGAAAACUACUACCCAGAUCCCACUUCAACCCCAUCCCACCCAUAAUCAGAAACUCACUUCAUUGGUCCCAAGAACCCACCACCCAAUCAAACCCACCUUUUUUAUCAAAGGGCCCCAACCUCUUAGCCACAGACUUGAUCAAGUCCUACUUUGAAAAGGGCUCUAUCAAAGAGGCGCGUAAGGUGUUCGACGAAAUGUCUGAGAGAGACGUGGUUACGUGGACUGCCAUGAUUGCUGGGUACGCUUCUUGCAGUCACCACAGCACUGCUUGGGCUGUGUUCUGUGAGAUGGUGAGGGUUGAUAUGGAGCCGAAUGCUUUUACGUUUUCGAGUGUGCUUAAGGCUUGUAAAGGAAUGAAGGCUCUUUCUUGUGGUGCAAUGGUUCAUGGGUCGGCGGUUAAGUAUGGCAUGAAGGGAUCUAUGUAUGUGGAGAAUGCACUUAUGGACAUGUAUGCUACUUGUUGUGUUAGCAUGGACAAUGCAUGCAAGGUGUUUAAUGACCUUCAUGAGAAGAAUGCUGUGAGUUGGACUACUUUGAUCACUGGCUACACUCAUAGAGGUGAUGGCUAUGGCGGGCUUCAAGUUUUUCGGAAAAUGCUGCUGGAGGAAGUGGAACCGAACCCUUUCAGCUUUUCAAUUGCGAUUAGAGCUUGUGCUUCGAUUGGAUCGCAUGCUUUUGGCAGGCAAAUACAUUCGGCAGUAAUUAAGUAUGGGUUCGAGUCCAAUCUUCCGGUCAUGAAUUCCAUACUGGACAUGUACUGUAGGUUUGGUUGUUUAUCAGAGGCAAAUCAGUACUUUGAUGAAAUGAGUAAAAAAGAUCUGAUUACCUGGAACGCUUUAAUUUCUGGAUAUGAAAGAUUGGAUCCCAGGGAGUCCCUACGUAUAUUUUCUCGUAUGGAGUUAGAAGGCUUUAGUCCGAAUUGCUUCACAUUAACUAGCGUUACAGCGGCCUGUGCUAACUUGGCAGUUUUUAACUGUGGUGAACAAGUUCAUGGUGGAAUCAUCCGUAGAGGCUUUAACAAGAACUUGGCAUUGGCUAAUGCACUUAUUGACAUGUAUGCCAAGUGUGGGAGCAUUACUGACUCGCACAAAAUAUUUAGUGAAAUGUCUGAUAGAGAUUUAGUCUCCUGGACUUCCAUGAUGCUUGGAUAUGGGGAUCAUGGAUAUGGAAAAGAGGCUGUUGAAUUGUUUGAUGAGAUGGUAAAGUCAGGUAUAAGGCCAGAUCGAAUAGUGUUUAUGGCAGUUCUGAGUGCUUGCAGCCAUGCUGGACUUGUCGAUGAAGGCUUGAGGUAUUUCAAAUCAAUGAUAAAUGUUUAUAAGGUUACUCCAGAUAAGGACAUAUAUGGUUGCGUGGUGGAUUUGCUGUGCCGUGCUGGGAGAAUCGAGGAAGCUUAUGAGUUAAUAGAGAGCAUGCCAUUUAAGCCUGAUGAGUCUGUUUGGGGUGCGCUUCUUGGAGCGUGCAGAGCACAUAAGCUUCCACAUUUGAGCAGACUAGCUGCUCAGAGGAUAUUAGAUUUGAGGCCAAACAUGGCGGGAACAUAUGUGAUGCUGUCAAAUUUUUAUGCCGCUGAAGGUAAGUGGGGAGAAUUUGCCAAUAUGAGAAUGUUGAUGAGAGGAAUGGGGAAUAAGAAAGAGGCAGGACAGAGUUGGAUUGAGGUAAGAAAUCAGGUUUAUAGUUUUGUUGUAGGAGAUAAGAUGGGUUCUCAUAUAAAGUGGGUGUAUGGAGUUUUGGAAUUACUGAUUUGGCAUAUGAAAGAGGCAGAGUACUUAACUGAUUUGGAUUGCUCUGUACAUGACCAAGAUGAUGGAACUUGAACAGAAGCUUUAGUGAAGGAGCUGGAACACCUUGUUGAGACAAACAUGAGGAUAUUAAUUGGAUUAACAUUCCAUUGUUGUGAACAAAUGUCAUACUGGACAACAUGGCAAGGAAGAACACAACAUUAGUUCCCAGCCUCUCUUGCAAAGAGUCAGUUUUGGUUAGUUCGGGCCACAGAAACAUAGGAAUUGUAAACAAGAUGAAGAAUUCAUCUUUCACAAAGUUUCAAGUUCAAGCAUGAAAGACGGGCACGGGGCGAGGGAGAUAACCAUUCUUUUGAACUCAAAGCUAACCAUUAUGAUAAUACUGCUAACAAAAUUCAGAACUGAAAGUAAAUGCGAUUUUACUUGCUCUCUUAGGCUGCUGCUGAAUA